UGCUUUCUUGGCAGUUAGCAUCCCCUUCAGCUUGGCUCAAAACGUCGGGCCACAAUGAAGGCGCCGCGUCCUGUUCCGCGGGUGCUGGCUCUCCUGAGCCUCGCGUGGUUGGCACCGUGCGCUCAUGGGGAGGCGCCGUUGCCCAAGGUGCCCAAGGUCUUCAAUGCGGGACCAGAUGGCUUGCCACAGCUGCCCACCCACGUCCUGGAGGAGUUUGAGGAUGUGAAGGACCACCUGAACACACGUGCGAGCAGCUUUGAAGAUCAUCUCUCGCAGUUGGAGCAUGCCAGUUUGGAGCGUGUGUCCCAGCAGAGACAGGUCUACGAUGCCAAGCUGCGAGAACAGGAGAAGGAGAAUCAGGUGCUGGUGAAGCGCAACGCCGUCCUGGCCAAGGAGAUCAUCGCAGCACGGCAGCAGAACGCAGAAUUGAAGAAGGAGGUGGCACACCAGGAGAAGCUGGUGUCCUUCCGGAAGAGUGAGCUCCGAGCAUUGGAGCAGCAGCUGGCGGAGGGGGAGAAGUUCCUCCAGCAAAGCAUGGGCGAGGAGCCAGAGGGGGAGGGGGAAAAAGAAGAGGAGCCGGAGGCGGUCUCUUUCAUGGAGGUCUCGCGAGUCCAUCACAAAGAAGCCAAGAAGUCCCUGCGUCAUGGACAUCGGCAUGCCAACAAAGAGCAGGAGGAGUCAGAGGAAACGAAUCUCACGCAGGUGGAGAGUGAGGAUGCUCAGGAUGAAGCACCCAAAGGGGACGAGAUGAUCGACCUAUUGGCCAAAGAUUUGCGACACUUGCACAAGGCCGAGAUGAAGAGCAAGAUCUCCUUGAAGAAGAUGUUCCUGAAGAGCUUCGAGGUGGGGCGCACACGUCGGGCGGCUUUGCUGAAGCAGGAGAGUGUGCUGAAGGCAGAGUUGCAGCAGACCAAGGUGUUGGCUGAGCAACUGGAAUCCAAGUCGAAGAAAUUGGGCAUGACCGUGGAGACCCUGGAAUCCAAGCUCAAGAAAGGCGCGAACUUCUUGGGACAGUUGCAGAAGGUGGCGGCCGCUCCCCCCAAGGAGGUGCAGUCCCUGCUGAAGGAGAUCCAGCCGUUGUGAGAUUGAACGCCGGAUCCGACGGCUGUGGCA